AUGUUAAACAAAAUUUAUUACAGAAAAUUGCUAAUGCCUUUAAAAGCAGUGAAAUACCUGACAAAUCACAGUUUUAUGCCGAAGAGGAUCUAUCAAUGGAAAACAUCACAAUAGAAAUAGAUGGAGUGGAUGGUGGAAAUAGAUUUUAAAACAGAAGAUGGCGUUUUAAAACAGAAAAAAUCGUUGAAAAAUUACACGUCGAUGGUUCUCAGGGAGUCCUCUCUUACCGCCGUGUCAAAUAUCAUAUCAACCGAAAAUACAUAUCGAAAAGCUUUCAAGAUAUUCGUCCUGCUCUUCUGCUUUUCUGGAUUUUUCUAUCAGAGUUAUACGCUGCUUUAUCACAUUUUUCAGUAUCCUACUAUUGUGGACAUCCGUAUCGAAAAUCCAAAGACGAUCAAUAUGCCAGGGAUUACUUUUUGCAACAAUAAUGGAAUUAACAGAAAGAAAUUUUGUGCAACGUUUCCUGAGCGCUGUUAUGAAGCUGAUAAAGAUUUUUGCCGCAAGCAUCGUUCUUACUGCGGAAAAAAUGAAACGACAAUGGUACCGAAGGAAGAAUAUUAUGAGCUUCUCGAUAAUUUGACUUUAAAAGAUCUUCAAGAUAUAGGAGAAAAUGCCGAAGAUCUUCUUCUACAGCAAAGGAAUUUUGAAGAAGAAGAAGUAUUGGGACCUUUCAUUAGAGCAAAAAGCCUUGGUGGUUCUGGUAGAAUGGCAUGUUACAGCAUGUUCACCGUUAUUGAUAGCUAUAAGGAGCCUCAAACAACAGAUAUUCAAAAGAUGAUUGAGAUCCCUGCUUUAAUAAUGAUUUUCAAUGUCAGAGAAGACGAACAAUUCAUUCCUGGACAUAGGACGGGUCUGUUUUUGGCUAUUCAUUCCCCAUACGAAGGUUAUAACCCUACAGAGAAAGGAAUUUUCAUGAAACCGGGGAAAACAUAUAAAUUGUAUGUUACCACGGAGAAGGAAUUGUUGCUACCAUACCCUUACGAGACAGACUGCCUCGAUUAUAAUGAAAUGUGGGAAAAUAAUAAUAGAUCUGGGCCUCGACUGCAAGAAAUGUGUCAACACAAAUGUUUGCUGGACGCUACUUCGAAAUACCUGAAUUGCACUGCGCCGUUUGCGCUCUACCCUAGUGAUUUGAGAAUAUGCGGAAGUGAUGAAAUUUUCCACGAAAAAACUUUUGAAGAUUUCGGCGAAUGUGCCGAAAAUUGUAAAGAUGAUUGUGCGAAAACGAAAUACUCCGUGAACGUUCAAGAAAGAUAUACCAGUGAUUUUUUUUGGAAUGAAGCACCUGACGAAGAAGAAACUAAAUUGAUAAUUGUGGAAAUCAUCAUCGAUCAUUCAGAAGUUAUCACAUUUCUUCACAGGCCCCAGUAUCUGAGUGUCGAAACCUUCAGCUACAUCGGCGGUUUCAUCGGUGUAUGGCUGGGUAUUUCCCUCAUAGAAGUGACUGAUUUCGUGGAAUCCAUCUUCCGUAUCUUUCGCUAUGCCAUUAAAAAGAGAAACAUUUAAUAGUUUUAUAAGAAGAUAUUCGCAAAGCACAGAAUAUAUACGCAAGCUAUUGCCCAAUGUUUUUGGAAUUUCAAAUCUUCUAUAUACGGUAGCAUUAAUGAUUUUAGCGUACUUACAAUCCAAUCCUUCAAGAUACUCAAGGACAGAUUUUGAGCGGUUUCUAUGCUGAAUUUCUUUUGCUACAAUGAAUAAUUUAUUUUUAAGAGAAAUAUUAUGUGUGAAAAAGCAUACUUUACCAGAUUCAAAUCUUUGAUUUUGACACUGUCGAAUUUACGGGCAAUUUGGGGAAGUAAUUCUCGGGGUCCAUUCGCCCCGCCUAACCUUCUAAACAAGAUGUUUAUUAAUGAUUUUAAUCUCUUUAUAAACAGUUUUAAUUAGAGAACUUUAACGGAUUUUAUUAAAAAAUAUUUAAUUUCACAUCACUUUCAAGAGUGUUGUUUAAUAUAUCUUGCUUAUAAAAAAAUUCUAUAAUGAAAUUCAAAAGUAGUUAUUAAAAA